AACCAAAAAAAUUCAUUCUCAAUCAAAUUCAAUUCGCCGAAAUAAAGGGAGUCUAAUUUAGCUAAUUUUCAGUUUCAGAGAAUGAAAGGCAUUCAAUCAUAAAGGUGUUCAAAAUCGGCCUCCAAAUUUUGGCUAUAGCAAACCAGAGUCGUGGAUUUGACCUGAUAUAUAUCUCAUGUUGACGACUGUCUAUUAGAUGCAAGCAGAUGCUCUGUUAACUUCAAAAUCAUCCCACAAUUUUAAAUAAAAGUUCUUCUUUUAUUUACUAAAUUACUCCAAAUUUGAUAUUGGUUUUGAAAACAUGGAAAUGACUAACUGGAAUUUGAAGAUUCUGAACUUGACUGAAACGACAACAAGUCGCACAAUUGUUCACGAGGAAUCUCAGAUUGUCUGGCUUGCUGCGACGGACUAUCUGGAACUAUCUGGAACUGUAAUCUCCCUCAUCGGCAUUCUUCUCAACUAUUUUUGCUUCCUAACUGCAGAUAAGCUGCCCAAAUCAAGUAGUGCUUCGCUCAUGAAACAUGCUGCGUUCUGGGAUUCAGUGUCAGCCAUGAAUAAUGGAGUUGUGAAAAUGGGGUUGCAGCAAUUAGGGCUGGAUCUGGACAACUUGAGCGACUUGUCAUGUCGGUUUGUCCGCUUCGUGUUUCCUCUGGCCACAUUUCUGGCAGUGUACCAUGUCGUACUGCUGGCGGUUGACCGUAUCGUCAUCAUCAAGGCCCAAGUGUGGCAUCGCAAACACUACUCCCCAAAUGCGAUCACUAAAAUCAGCGGGACCAUCAUCAUGAUUGGAAUCUUCAUCAACACACCCAAUAUUGUGUUCUACUCUAUGCUGGAUGGAAGAUGCCAGCCAAUUACUAAUGAGGCGAUGACUUUGGUGGCGGUCGGAAUAUUCGGUCUGGUUCUGUUUGUUCUGCCGUUCAUCAUACUCAUCGUGUGCAAUUUCUUCUUCGUGUGGGCCCUGAAUGCCCGAGAGACCAGAACGAACACUCGCCAGACAACCACGACUGGAACCGAAAGCACUACGGUCCACAAUAACCGACCAACAGGGGAGAAUUUCUUGCAGAUUUUUUCACAAGAGGAUCAUUUUCUGACAAAAAGCUAA